AUGCAGACACUGAUCCCACACUGACACACACACAUUCUUUGCAAGGGGAGGGUAGCCAGGGUUAUAUAAACAAGUGGAACACAGAAAACGGAUAGACAGAUGGACGUGAUCAACAACGAUAUCACAUUGGGAUUAUAGCAAUUUUCAUAGAUCAACAGGAAAGAAGUGAAGCGAAAGGAGGACAAACUUGUAGGAACUAACAAGCUGCUGCGGAUUGACUGGAGGACUGAAGGAAGAGGAGAGAGAGAAAGAAGGCAGAACGGAUAAACUAAACACAAUUUGAGGAGAUCAAUUUGAACAAGUGAAUAGAGUUUUUUCUUUUUGGCAGUCCGUCUGCUGCCAGUCCCCAGACCUGCCAGGCCUGAGUUGUUGGUGAACACCAACACAGAGUAAUUUUCUCAGCAUCAGCCAGUUGACCGGAGAAGUCAGCGCCGUAGGGAAGAUUGGCGAUGAUCCGCUUUCGGCUUUGCCAGAAGUGUCAGGGCCAUUGCCGUUAGAGCUCAUUGUGUUUGCAGUGGCACGGAGAGUGAGAGAGAGCAGGGCAGUGUGUAGUAAUCUAAGGAUGACACCCGCACUUUAUUCCAUCAGAUAGUGCUCAGUGAGGUGUGUGGUGCAGCCCAUCACGCUUUGUCUCUGCACUACAAACACACACAUAUUAAACACACGUACUUACACAUACAAACACAGCUACACACUCCCAGAGAGCGAUGAUGCAUUAGAUCCUGACAAUCAGUGGGACUCUGUCCGGACCUGAACCACAGCAUCAGAUCAGUGGGUAUGAGUGAGUGUGUGUCUGGAGUGCACCCAGUGGAGCAUAUUGGAAAGGAAGAGUUGGGCAGGUCGAUGCUGCACGAUUACACCGUCUGAUAGCCUGUGAUUAUUCUGAGGAGUUUCAGAUUACCAUGUAAAAUCACUGUCCGUUUACGCUACAGAGUAUACAUGAUAGCGUAUCAAAAGAGUUCUAGCAUUCAAGCGAAUAAUAGCAGAUACCUUGUGCGAGUAAUGUUCAAGUCUCUGGGGUGAAAUAGCAGACUAAAAAGUGUAAUAUCUGAGACUAAAGCGUCAGACUGCAGUUUGCUCAACCCCUUGCAGGUUGGUUAUUCUACACGGGGCAAGCACUUCCACUCUCUGUCUUUAUAGAGCAGCACUCCAGCUGAAUGGAUUUUAUUUAACCUUAGCUAUCUCCAGAUGAGUUGUAGUGUGAUAGUGUCUCCAUCUCUCCAGAGGCCUGGCCAGUUUGGUUAUAGCUCAAAGGAACAUUGACUUCUGCCUGCUGAUUUGUCGAGUGAAGAAGUGCAAAAAACCCUGUUUGACUCAUUAAAAUACAAUGUGCUCGAGAAUGAACAUUGUUGCCCCAGAUUUCUCCGUCCUCCAGGGCACAAUAAUGUAGGUAGCUCUAUUUCAAAAGUUAGCAUUCUGUCAACAUCAGUGGAGAUAAACUUGACUUGCUUUGGAAGACAGUUUCUCAGCCUCUAUCCCACUGAAAUAUAAUAUUAUUGACAUUUUCAGUUCCUCCGAGUCGUGUGGUUUGACCUACACGAGACAGGCGGUGUGUUGUGGUUAAUUGUGUGGCUGAUUGUUUGGGCGCCUGGUGCUCACCACUAGCUUAGCUGCCAGUUUGACACUGCAGUGUACAGUCAGUGAUGAGCUAAUUAGAUUGUUCCUCAUUUGGUUAAUUGCAGAGCUGCUGUUACUGAUACCCUUCCUGAUAAAGAACUCAGUAUUGCAGGUCUGUUUCAGUCACUUCUGGUAUUGUUUUUUCUGCGUUAUUGAUCUCAGAGUCUUGGGCUUUGGUCUCAGGAGGCUCGAGGCACUGUGGUAGAAAAUAGCUAGCCUAGCAGUGUUUGCUUUGUUGUCAGUUUGGUUAGAUGGGCCUGAGCUCCUGUACUGCCUUGUAGCGGCAAAGCCUCGGCACUGUAUGGAUUUAAGACAAUGCAUGUCAUAAGUUCUUCCUAAGCAGCACAAGGUGCUAAAGUCAACAGUGGAGCUUUUUGUUUCUCUAAGCUCAUCUCUGUGUGCAUUGUGAUAAAGUGUCUAAAUCGCUAGCUCUGUUAGCGCCCUGAGCUCUGGCCAAACUGCUGUGGAUUUCGUGCAAGCUCAGGCUACAAUUCAGUUCUAUGUGACUUCGCUGCUAAAGCACUUUCUGUGCAUGUGCUGUGAUGCAGUGUAGCACAUAAGAGUCCUUUCUCUAAGUGUUGUCCUCAAACAACAACUUCUGUCUGAUUGCACUGAAGUAAAGCUGGGCAGUUAGCGUGUGCACGUGUCCGCAGCAUUGCAGUCGAGAACAAAUCGGAGUGUGUGCAUGUGUGUGUGUGGACUAGUUUGUCUGUAGCGGUGCAGGCAGGGUCACAGAGGAGCCAUUGAUCAAACGUGCACAUCCACACACAUACACACACACACACACACACACACAGCUUCUCAAUACACAAUGAGGCCUGUCCGGAGCUCUGUCCUCUGCCGCCUCCUCCCUGCCCCCUUCUCUCUGGCCCUACGCAGCCUGGUCCUGCUCCUGCUCUGCAUCACUCCCCGUUGUCAGGCGGUGCAGGCGGAGAAUGUGACAGUCUUGGAGGGAGGUACGGCUCAGAUCUCCUGCCGCCUGCAGAACUACGAUGGAUCAAUCGUGGUUAUCCAGAAUCCCCGCCGGCAGACCCUCUUCUUCAACGGCACGCGAGCCCUGAAGGACGACCGUUUCCAGAUGGUGCUCUUCACGCCACGGCUGGUGCGCAUCACGCUGACCAACGUCAGUGUUUCGGAUGAGGGCGGCUACUUCUGCCAGCUCUACACGGAUGCUACGCACCACCAGGUGGCGACGCUUUCUGUUUUGGUGCCCCCGGAGACGCCCACGGUGGAGGUGAAGCAAGAGGCCGUGGAGGGCGGUGAGGUGGAGCUCACCUGUAUGUCACCUCGCAGCAAGCCAGCUGCCACCCUGCGCUGGAUCCGUAACGGCCGAGAGAUACCAGGUGUGGUAUCCCAGCAGGACAACGGGAAGACGUUCAGCGUGUCCAGCACCAUCCGGAUCCCGGUAGAAAGGAAAGACAAUGGGGCAGCGCUGAGCUGUGAGGCGUUCCACGCAGCACUCAGCGGGCAGAAGAGGAUUCGACACUACCGCCUGGAUGUGUAUUUUGCACCAACAGUGAGAAUUGUUCCUCCCUCCGGCAUUUUGCGGGAAGGUGACUCGCUCAGCCUCACUUGCUCCGUCACUGGGAACCCUCUGCCCAGGAACAUUCAGUGGUCCAAGAUUAACGACACUUUACCUGAAAGGGCAGAGAUUUCCGGCCCCACCUUUCAGAUUUCCCGUCUCAGCCAAUCACACAACGGGACGUACUUGUGCCAGGCCCAGAACAACUACGGACGUGCUGCCGAUCAUUACACCCUAUUGGUGUAUGAUAAUGUGUCAGUCACUACCACGGUCCCUCCCACUACUCCCACCACCACCCAACCAAUCACCUCCCAUCCCACCACCCCAACCCUCCUAACACCCAGCUUCGCUCCGGACUCAAAAGAUCCCGGUGCAGUGGUAGAGACUCACAGUGCAGUACCAUAUGCGGUGAUAGGUGGCGUUCUGGCACUGCUGGUUUUCACUGUCAUCUGUGUCCUCAUCGUCACCAUCUGGUGCUCUGUUCGACAGAAAGGUUCCUAUCUUACCCAUGAGGCCAGUGGGUUGGAUGAACAUGGUGAGGUGCAGGAGGCUUUCCUCAAUGGGAACGACGCCAGCCAGGGCAAGAAGGAGUACCUACUGUAGCCCUUCUCCUUCCCUAUCCCCUUCUCUUCUGACCUCAUCCCUUGUAUCCCGUCCUCUCCCCUUUGUCCCACCUUAUAUACAGUAUACACACACACACACACACACACACACACACACACACACUUCUAUACAAAGCGCCAUAACAGGCGGCCUUCUGAAAACGACUGUAUACAGAUACUGCACACAGCCAAUCCAUCCCGCUCCAUUCCACUCCAUAUCCUCCAUGUACACACACACUCACACCCGGAGACAGAUUGAGAAAAAGAGAGCCUAUAGACCCACCAGCCAUUAACGACUGUGCCAUAUACUGUAAGUCGGAGAAACUGGAGAGAGCGAGAGAGCACUGGAGGGGGGGGGGGUAGGGUGAGGUGAAUGUAGACAAUAACGAAAUGAUGCCAUAAUUAUUUUUGAUCGAGAGGGAAGCAGGGAGCACAAAGAAAACAGGCACUCUGCCCGUGCAGCCGCCAAAGUGGAAGGGGGGAAUUACAGGCAGAUGACUGCUAUAAUUCCACGCCUGGAGAAAACCGUCUAUUUCACAAAGCGCAAUCUUUAACUGAUGGAGACAGUGGCAGCAGUGUGUUAGGGAGGGAGGGGGUGGUGGGAGGGCAGGAGUUGACCAGGAGCUACUGAGCGCUAGACACAAGAAAAUUGAAAUUUUAUAAAAUUGCCAAAGCAUCUUUCCUGCAGAGCACUACUCAUAUAUAAUUCCCUAACAACACUGGAGCGUUUCAGCCCAGAGUCCCGGGAAGUAUACAGACUUUAUUACCAAGAUAACUGUCCUGUUUUGCAAUCCCUGUUGGGUGGCCUGCCGAUAAUUUGUGAAAAGAAACCAUCUUUUUUUUUUCUCCCCCCUCGCCGCAACAGUGAGGAAAAGGUGGUUCUCUUUUCUUUUAAUUAACUCUCCAUCUCGUCCUUCCUCUCCGUUCACCUGUUACCAUCCUCUCCCCUCUCCCUUAUAUCUCUCUUUCUCUCUGUCUGUCCCCCCUCUAUCGCUCCUCCUUUGUUGGCUCCUAAUAAUGAAAGGAUUAGUGUUGGGCUGCGUUCCCGACAAAGAAGAAAGGAAUAUGACUUGCUAAGGCAUUAAAGAAAAGCUUAAUUAUUUUAGAAUGUCAUUAAGAGGAUAAAAAGGUUUAAAAGUCUUAAUAAGAAGGGCAAGGGGAGUGAAUGAAUGAGAAAAUAAAAAAAUGGAAGGGUAUUUUUUUUCUCCCUGAAUGCUACCACACAUAUGCAGAUACAUGCACACAUUCAUACGUACAGUAAACAUGUUGACAGAACAAGUAUACAUAUCUCUGAAUUCCUUAUUUGUAUAAAAAAAGAACAGCAACAUAAAUUAAAUGAAACUUUUAAGAAAUGAAAAAAAAAAACAGUUUACUAUUGAAACGCAUUAUGAAGCAACUAUACUAACACAGAAUAUUAGCCUAUAGAGGUGCAAAGCCGAAC